UGUGACGUCACGCUCCCAGAAUGCACGGCUUCCAGCGCGGCGCCAGCGGCCAGGCCCAGACUCGAAUAAACAUCUUUUAAAGCCUUCAUCUGUCCAAAAUGUCCACGUGGAAGCCAAAUGGAUCGCGGUGGAAGAUCGCGGCGUUGUGCCAGGCGGUCUUUUAAGAUGUUGAGCUUCUUCUGCUGAACACCAACCGACUCUUGAGUCAACAGCAGAAAUUAUCCAAAUUGCAGCCCACUAGGGUUGCUAUGGCAGGUGCUGUCACCGAAACCAAGCGCUGGACACAGGCCUGUCCCAUCGAGACAGGACAGACCACACGUCAUUGUCACAAGAGAUCAUUAAAUAGUCAACAAACUGCACUUAGUAUUAUUGCAAGCACACGGCGAUAACCCAACAGCCUGAGAUCAGAGAGUUGAUGUCCAGCGACCUGUAGAAUCCUCAUGAGUGUUGCUAGCAUCUGCUCCUACACGCUCAGUUUUUCAACGCAACCAGCAUCGUCCCCUUGGGACAAUGUUCCACCAGCAAGAACAACUAAAGGGUCAGCUGCAGGAUAGCCACAUAGCCAAUAGGCAGCUUGGUUUUCACUGCCAGGAGUGUGGGAAGGAAUACAACACUCAGCUGGGCUACAGGCGCCACCUGGUGGAGGCUCACAGUGCCGGCGCCGGCCUGCCCUGCUCGGAAGGGACACCGUCGCUGCUGGAGCACCUGGGUGCCGGCCAUAUUGAUCGGCCGCCUCCAGCAGAGGGCAAUAAUAAUGCGGUCGUGGCGGUGAGAGAGAGGAAAUAUUCCUGUGAGCGAUGCGACCGACGUUUUUACACCCGCAAGGACGUACGUCGCCAUGCCGUGGUGCACACGGGACGGCGCGAUUUCUUGUGUCCCCGUUGUGCUCAGCGCUUCGGCCGCAGAGACCACUUGACCCGUCACUUGAAGAAGAGCCACGCGCAUGACGCGGGAUUGAUACCGCUGGUUACAGCCAGUACUCCCGUGGCGACAUCCACCACAACCACCCAGUGUCCCAUAAAGGAAUCCAGCCCUUUAGCCUCGGAUAGAAGUUCGUCCGCCUCCAAGGAACCCGUGGAGACCUUCACCAGGGACAUGUUCAACUCCUACCCCAUUACCAACCCUGUCCCCGGGAUGAGUCAUCCGCACGGCCUCAUGCAGGUGUCUUUGUCCUCAAGCAUGAGCGUCGGUCGCCAUAUGCCUCCGCCGUCUCCUCACAACCACCAUCAUCACUUGCAGCCUCUGUCGGGGCCGCCGCAGCAGCAGUCGUACGGCAGCAUGCCCAGGUACCAGCAAGGAUCUACCUCAUAUCCUCGCACUGACGUGGACAGUUUCCUGCUGGAUCUGCAGGGUGCCCCUCCUCCUCACCUUAGCUCAGUCAACUCUUCUACCUCGACGUCCACCUCUCCUCAAAGGGAGAUGCUCGCUGAAGGGAUGCCUGUCGGCAGUGAUCCCCACCUAGUGCCCAGGAAUGCUGCUAUCUCCUCAGCUGAGCUUUCCUGCACCACUAACAUGGAACUUGGGCCACUGUUGGGCUUCUUGCCUUUCAGCCUGCCACCUUACAGCUCUCAUGUCGGAAUGGGUGGGCUGAUGAUGGGUUAUCCCCCUGCUACCACCGCCACCUCUUCGCCAACUUCUUCCAGUGGGUUGUCCUCCCAGGCUUCAGGGCCUUUUACAUUCUUCCAGCCUCCUCAGGCUCAUGUGCCCCAGGGCCCCGUGGCCCACAACCAUAGCCAACUACCUCAGGCAUACAGCACUUCUGCUGUUAGCACUUCUAGCUCCUUACCUCAUUACUACCAGGCUUUUCAGCAAUAAGCGGUUUUGUGUCCACAAAUUACUCUUCACUGCGUGUCUUUUUCCUGUCAAAGGUCAAAUGAUGUCAUUACCUCAUUCACUGCCGUUGACGGUUAUAGACGUCAAAGUUCCAUUGUAACUGGGCUAGCAGUGAGUGAGUUAACUAUACAACAUUUAUGUGUCUUCUCCUAUUGUUGCUCUGAUAGAUUAUUGGUGAACACAACAAAUCACCUCAUCAGUAUUACCUCAUUAUUUAAAAAAAAAAAAAAAAAGUAGCUUGAAUGCACAAAUGUUGUCUUUCUCACUACAAUCAACAGAGUAAUUCAUUCAAAUCUACAACAGUUAAUGCACUUGAUCCAGUUAUCACAUGUGCUAUGUGGUGGCGACCUGCUUGAACAUAACAAAUAUCCAGUAUAGCGCACACUCAGACAUGUCACACAUGUAAAGUCAGCUCGAAGCACUGCGUUCAAAGAGGCCACAUCAGCAUGGUGACACAGAUUCCACUGGAAUGCUUUUACCUUUUGUAACGGUUUGUUUCUGUCAUCACAAAUACAGAAUGCACUUAAGAUUACUUUUCACCAUUACAUACCUUUUCGUUUUAAAUGUCUAAUUCUCAUUAGUGAUGGCAUAGCGUUUUUUUUUUGUUCGAUUCUCUGCAGACUACGUUUGACCAUGUUGUUUAGUGACAGAUUAUCUGUUAGUUACAAUGGUUACUCUUUGACACCAAAUACCUUUGAAUAUAAACUGACCACCCAAAACAUUAUAAUUGCUUGCACAGCAAUGAAUAUCCGAUACUAGAGCUGUAUACUACUCUUACAAAGGCGAUGCCAAUGAACAGUUGCACUGCGCCAUAAUGAGAGUUGUGACUGAACUGAACUUUGUAUUGGUUAUGGCAGAAUAUUUGAUACAGUACUUGUUUUGGAUAACAUAUUGUGCAAACAGUCAUAAUGUUAUGAUUGCCUUUAAGUUGCGGUCCGUGUAUUUAUUUUCUUUAAUGGGGAGGUCAACCCCAACGUGGGUAUGUAUGUACCCUCAUGGCAUUGUUAUUAAUAUUGCAUUUGUGGAAUAUGAAUUAAACAAGCAAAAUCCAACCGCUCUUAUUCAUCCCAGUGAGCGGCCAUUUUGUCACUUGCUGUCGAUUAAAAAAUAACUUCACAGUUGAUCUCGGCUCACAACCAAUCACGGCUCAUCUUAAAAAAAUUGUUGAGCCAUGAUUGAUUGUGACCCGAGCACAACUGUGAUGUCAUUUUCAGUCGACAGCAAGUGCCAAAAUGGCUGCCCCCUGCAAUGGAUAAAAACAGGUGGAUUUUUCUUGUUUAGAUCAUAUUUCAUAGUCAAAACAUUAAUCAGAACACUGUCUUUUGACUAUUUGGGUUGGACAGAACAAUUUUUUACAUAGACAACUUUGAGUUCAUUUUCACUUUAAAGCUUCUGUUCUAUGCCUUUCCAUCUCUGACCAUGCAAGACUUCAGGGAGCUUGCAACCAGCAACCGUGCCCGUAGCGUGACUAUACACUUCUGUCUAUAAUGCCUAAAUGUCUUACAGGGAACGUAGUUGGGCACUGUGCAAAUCAGGAAGGUCCCCUCGUGAGCUUGAGUGAUACUUAAAAUAAAAUGCGUAGUUUCUUUCUUGGGGUGACGCUAAUCCUAUCAUUCAUCCAACUACAGUUGCCAUGGGGUCACUUACAGCAGUCCAAAGUUUAAAGAACAAAAUUUGAUUUCAUAGGGAUUGUACUUUUAGAUAUUUGGAAGUGUCCAAGCAAUAUCUGCCUCACAAACCCAUUGGAAUGUUUUUCUUCUAAAGUGCCAAGAUUUGAAGCUUCUAUUUUAAAUCAUUUUCCCCUACAACUUAUAGUAGAUUCUGAUCUGUUUGCCAUUUGUAUAUGUUUUGAGGCAAAAAAAAAAAUGGGCGCUUAAACUGAUUUGAGGUGAGCUGGAAGAUUUUUUUAAAAAAAGUGUAAUUUAGGAAUUUAGGUCCUCUUGGUGCGAGCAAGUAUGAUCAUUGCUGUUUUGACAUAGCACAGCAAAACUAUUCUAGACUUAUGUGUAGCCUUUUCUAAUAUUAUUCAUGACAUUGUCGCCAUUUUCCCUUCAGCAUAUUGCUGGCUCUCCGGAGCUUUGAAUGAAAUUGGGACUUAAACCCACCUCCAUAUUGAAGAGAAUAGCAAUCUAUUCCUUUUAUAAUCUAGUCACAUGGUCGAGAUGAACGGAUCCCAAGCGGGAUUCCAGUAGUGGGAACUCCCUUCACGAAUGACUUUUUAAAUCCGUUAACUCUGCUGAUUUGACUGUUCCAAUAGCAUUGUCACUAGCCUCGGUGUUGCACCAAUGUCAAAAUGCUACUGCUGUGUGUCUCUCUCAGAGAGUGUCUAAUCUCUUGACAGGGUUAAAGCACUUAUGACAUUUCUUAUAUAUAAAUUUUGUUUUAUACCUCAAACACAGAUAUAAGGGUUUCUGAUUUUCUUGAUUUAGUUGUAGUCGUUUGGGCGCUUUUUCCAUUUAGUUCUAAACUUUUGAUGGUAGCGUUUAUGAGUUAACUUUAAUAUAGUGGCAGACAUUAUUAUUAUAUAAUAAACAUUCUACCUCUAUCUUGUCAUAUCUUUCUGCAAUAUCAUAAAGUGUUUAAAGCUGUAACAGACAUUUUACCAGCGAAAUUGAUUUUGUUGAAAUUGGACUUUGAAGGACAGGAUACACACUCUGAUCAGAGGUGUAGUCCACUGAAUCAAGCAUUGUUCUGUGUACUUGCCUUUAAUGAUAUAUCUACUUAUUUACUACCUCAGAAGUGACAGGCAACUGCUUAUCUAACUGCGGAGAAAAUGUAUAGGAUUGAAAGUUUUGUUUGCUGUACAGUAGCUCCAUAGAUUAAUGAGAGUAGCGUAAUAUCAAGUACAGGCUGUUUUCCUCUCAUCUGACGUUAGUACCGCAUCAACCUGUAAAUGUAAUUGUUACAUGUAGUAAAGCGGGGAGAAUUUGGAUACUUUGGAUUCGCGGUGGGCGACGCCUGGAAUGAACAUGACUGCCACUUGCGUUACACAUCCUUUAACUGAAUCGUGUUUUACUAUUUUUGUGUCAGCUAUAGGAACAGAAUAUUUUCAGAUGUGAAAACAAUGAUAAAUGCAGUACCCUUUAAUAGGGUUUGGUUGUAUUUAGCAUUUUAACAAGGCAUGCAACUAAAUCGUUUCGUUGUUUUGAAUGUACACACUGAAAGCUAAAAACAAACUGUUAAAAAACAAUUGUCAUGCUGUCCUUGCAGAAAGUCAUUUUAAUAGGAACAUUGUACACCAAUAUGCUACAAACGUAGCAAAUGAAUGUCAACCAGGCUUUGCUUCAAGGUACUGUACUUGAUAAAUUGCAAGGAUUUUAAGUAUUAUCUAAUGCCAACAUGCAUUGUGUAUAACAAAACAUACUGUGGUCAAUGGUCACAUGUAUGUCAACAACUGAACUCAUGUUUACUUUCUCCUGACUAUGUAAAAACACGAGCCAGAUUUCAUUUUCCAUCUGUGAUUGUGAAAUACAGUUAUUAGUCUUUGGAAUACUAAAAGGUUGGCUGUGAACAAAGCGUUCUCAUUUUUCUUAGUUGUUUGCAUUAUCACUUCAUAGCAAUUUAGACCAAGGAAGAAGGAAGGUUAAUUGUUAUUUUCUUGUCUAAGCAAAACAAAAUAAAUAUGUAGAAUUACA